AGAGCCAGACCAAGUUCUGUCGCUGCAUGAGUCUCCGGGUUUCUCGGCAUGGGGCUCUUCUCAGUCCACUCGGAGCCCACGCGCAGGCCAGGCAGUGGAGGCUGUCCCCCCGACUGCGUUUUCUGAGGCGCUGGGAGCAUUUCUCUGUCCUCUGAGAUGCAGCCUGCAGCGGGAGCUGUAGGGGGACACUGGGGCGCCGUCUCGGCAGGCAGUCACCAGUUCCCUGCACAGCGAGUGCGGGGCUCCCUGGCUGGACCUCGGGUGGCCAGCCCGUCCGACCUUGCUGGGCCUCUGGACCUUUCCCAGGGCUGGGCAGGUCAUCUGUAUUUGAACUGGAACCUCAUUGGCUGAAAAGACAACACUCUUCAUGAAGGUUACCUGGUGUCCUGGGCCGCCCAGACAAUGUGGAAUGGAGGCUCCAGAGCCCACCUGCCCUGCCCUGCCAGCCAGGGACCAGCCAGCUUCCACUCCUGGCCCUCCAGGGGCCCCUGGUGGACAGGCCUCACCUCGCCUGACCCUAGGCCCCGUUAUCCUGCCUCCAGAGCAGGGCCUGGCUCCCACCCUGUUCCUGAAGGCUCUGCCCAUUCCACUGUACCACACGGUGCCUCCUGGGGGGCUCCAGCCCCGUGCCCCACUAGUGACAGGCAGCCUGGAAGGGGGCAGCAUGCCCUUUAUCCUUAGCCCCCUGCUGCCGCCUGAGGGACCUGGCCCCUCCCAGAGGGGGAAGCCUGCGGCUCCCACACUGACCGUGAACAUUGUGGGAGCUCUGCCUGUCCUGUCCCCAGGCCUGGGGCCCACCCUGGGCAGCCCUGGCAAGGUGCGGAAUGCCGGCAAGCACCUGUGUCCACACUGUGGCCGCGACUGCCUGAAGCCCAGUGUCCUGGAGAAGCACAUCCGCUCCCACACGGGGGAGAGGCCCUUCCCCUGUGCCACCUGCGGUGUCGCCUUUAAGACGCAGAGCAACCUGUACAAGCACAGGCGGACCCAGACACACCUAAACCACGCCCGGCUGUGCUCGGGGUCUGGAGCAAGUGGGCUGCUGGAGGAGGGGGACAGGACUGGAGAGCCAACCCCAGCAGCGGGCCUGGAAAGCCAGAGCCAGACGGUGGGCCUGGGGUCAGAGGGGCCUCCCUCUUCUCCAGGAACCAAGACUCCACAGUCGAAGACAGAAGCCAUUCCCUGCCCAGGCCCCGACAGGGAGGCCUUCUCCGAUGCUCGGCACACAGCAUGCGCUACGCCCCUGCAGGCUGGCACCGAGCCCUGGCGGAAGCUGCCGGAGCAGAAGUCCCCGACCUUGGGCAGGCUGGGCUCCCUGCAGCGGCAGCAGGCCACAGCCUCGGCCUCGGAGAAGCCCUGGGACGCCAAGGCCGCCGAGGGCCGGCUGAGAAAGUGCGAGAGCACUGACUCCGGCUACCUGUCCCGCUCCGACAGCGCUGAGCAGCCACAGGUCCCUGCCAGUCCCCUGCACAGCCUGUCAGAACACAGCGCAGAGUCUGAGGGGGAGGGAGGCCCAGGCCCGGGGUCCGUGCCAGCCAGGGCCGAACCUGUGGCACCAGGGGCCAGCCUGGAGCUGGAGAAGAAGCGGCUGGAGGAGCGCAUCGCCCAGCUCAUCUCCCACAACCGGGCGGUGGUGGAGGACCUGCAGCUGGACACCGUGCGGCCCCGCAAGACCGUGCUGUCCAAGCAGGGCAGCAUCGACCUGCCGCUGCCCUACACGUACAAGGACUCCUUCCACUUCGACAUCCGCGCACCUGAGCCGGGCCGCAGGAGGGCCGCCCUGGGCCCCGCGCGCUCUGCCUGCGCACCCCUGGACAAGUCGAGGCCCCUGUUCUUCCACUCUGUCCCCACCCAGCUCUCCACCACCGUGGAAUGUGUCCCGGUCACCAGGAGCAACUCGCUGCCCUUCCUGGAGGGCUGCAGGACCUGGCCGGAGCCCCGGGUGGUCGGCCCCAGGACGCAGAGGCCGCUGAGCCCCAGGCCAGUGCCCGCCCGCUGGGGUUGCCGCUCGGGCCUGAGCUUGGCCGUACCCAGUGCGCACCCAAGAGCCCUGGUCCGACAGUCGGCCGUGGAGGACCUGCCAGCCACCCCGACUGGAGAUGGCCUGGCCCCCGCCGAAGGCCCUGAUGGAAAGGCAGCUGCUGUGGGGGAUGGGGCUGCCGGCCGGGCGGGGAGGAAAGGCUGCCCAAGGAGGCAGAUGUUCACCCAGGAGAAGUGGCAGGUGUAUGGGAAGGAGACGUUCAGGAGGAUCUACCAGAAGGCGAAAGCCAGCCACCAAGGAGACAGGAAAGCCAGGGAGGCCAGAGCGAGCAGUGGGCAGGACGCACACCCUCCCCCCGAGGGAGCAGCAGCAGCAGGCCAGGGCACUGGCCUGGCCACGGACAGGAGGACCUCUGUUUCUGUGGACGUUUCUGUUGGGGCUGUGCAGGGGCCGUUGGGAGGUCCACCAACCCCCAGGGGUGCCAACGUGACUGAGUGCCCUAAGCAGAGGGAGCCCGUGGCCAGAGCAGGGGGCGGAGAGCUACCCACUGCCAGCAGGGCCGGGCCUUCGCCCACACUUGGGGGCAGAGGCCCGCCCUGGGCCGGCAGCCAGAGCCCUCUGCUGCCUCCUAACCGGGGGCUGGGACCUGGGCGGCACCUGCCCCCAGUGCCUGGGCCCCUGAAGGGAGCUGACCUGGAGGUCCCCAGGCCGAUUUUGCCAGACCCCGGGCUGGAAGGAGGUGCCCAUGGAGGGGGGGACGUGAAGGAGACCUGUCCCUGGGCUCAGACUGUCCCGAGACUGCCCAAUACUGGCUCUGGGGAGCCCCACCCAGUGGGGGACAAGCUUCCCUCCGAGAAGAAGAAGCCGAAGGUGGAGGAGCUGGGGGACUGGCUGCAAUCGGAGCCUCUGGGGGCCGAGACUCCAGGUGGCCACACACAGACCUCCUCCCCACUGCUAUCCCCGAAGCAGGACCGUGACCUCAGGGAGAUGCCAGGGACGCUGCGUGGGAGAGGGGGACAGGCUGAGCCCCCAGGGUCCACUGGUGCCCCCUCAGUUGCUGCCUCUGUUGCCUCAAGGCUCACAUGGCCAAAGGACAAGGAGCCCGCCUCGCAGCCUGUGGCCUCAGGGUGUCGCUCGCAGCAGGACACCCAGCCUGGGGCUCCUGGCACCCCCUCUGCUGCUCCGGCAGACAGAGCCUUUUCCCCCAAGUACCUCCUCAGGUUACCACAGGGAGAGACCCCCGCCCCAUUGCCUGCUGCCCAGGGCCCCAGGGAAGGCCGGGACUGGCUCUGUGGGAGGGGGCAGCCCGAGGAGCAGGCAUCCUUUGCUAGGCCUGGACUAGGAAGCCCCCUGUCCCCUGGCCCAGCCUCAGGCCCGGCCCCGAGUGAAGCAGAUAGCAUUUCGGAGGAUGUGUGUCGGCCCAGGCCAUGGGAGGGGAGAAAAGGAGAGCAGGUGGGGGGGGACGAGGGCGGCAGGCUAGACACUGACACCCCGGAAGCCGGCGAGUCUCCUGGUUCUGCCCUACGGAUCCCCAGGGGCACAGCCUCCCUCCCGCCCACUCCCACGUGUGACACCCGCAUGGCCCAGGGUGCAGGGGGGCAGACCCUCUCCAGCCAUCACCUCUGCAUGGGGAGGCCCUCUGGGGGGGUCCUGACCCUCUGGGCAUCCAGCGGGGAGCUGGGCAGGUCUCCCAGGAAAACUCCAGAAGAGCCUCGUUCAGGGCCCCUGGCAGGGCUCAAGCCCUGCUGUCCUUUCCAGCUAGGCUCCUUCCUCCCACCCUUUGCUCGGCCACAGGACACGGCCCUGGGGCAGCCUGAGCUGGCCUCGGCUCCCCACGCAGGGACCCCCAGGGGCAGUGGGCCCCAGAGCUCCUUCCCCUCCCUGAGGGCCGAGCCCCGGCUCACGUGGUGCUGCUUGAGCCGCAGCCUCCCUCUGCCUCUGGAGCAGGAGAAGGCCGCAUCUCUGUGUGGGUCUCUGCACCCCCCUGGGGGCAACCGCAGGGGUGAGGGGCCCGAACCCCCACCUGGGAGCAGCACAGGAUGGACCAAGACUCGCCCUGGGGACAGCGGGCUGGCGCAGACAUCAAAGCUCUCCCACCCAGUACUCCCAGGAGUGACGUCCCAGGACCCGGGGUCUGAGCCAGAACUGAAGAAAAGACUGCCUCGUAGGAGAGCGAAGACGUCUCGUGGGAACAGCAAGCAGAAGAAACUGAGGAUCGCUCCCAAAAGGUCCAAGUCCACUGGGAGAGCCCCCUGGUGCCACCUCGGAAUUGGCUCUUGGCAGUGGGAAUGCCAAGAAGGACAACGGCUGCAGAGCAGCCUCAGGAACCUCUCCUAGGACAAGCUCACGGACUGUCAGGGACACGGAAGAAGGGACCGUGAAGGAAACUUCUCCAUCUACCGGUGAGGGGGGUGACUGUUCUCCUUGCUACGCUGCUGCUGCCAGGUCAGGACUAUCCCCGCCAUCCGACACCUGCUUCACAGGGGCCAUCGCCAGCCUUCCACCCCACAGCGAAGGUCUCUGUGUUGGAUCAGUGGAGGCUGAGGGGCUGCCCUCCCGGGAUCAAGUCCCGGUAGAUCCCAAACCGAGCAUUUUCUCACAUGCUCAAGAGCCUUCUUCCUUUGGCUUCAAAGGAACUUUUCCCCACAAUGAAAUCACUACCUCUGCAGCUGCUGUGCGCACUUCUGUGGGGCCACGAGCAGGCCACCCGGCCCUGGGAAUGCAUAUUGAAAAGCCACAAGACCACAUGCGGGCUGCAGAAGAGUCCCUGGCACACAGCUCUCCAGACAGAAAAGCUACUGCAGAGGGUACAUCACAGGCACUGUUGCCAGGAACACCUUUAUCUGGACAAAGAGUUUCAAGUCCAAGUCCAUUGGGGUCAACUGGAAAAGCUCAUCUUGAAAUAUCAGUUUCACAACCAAAUGCAACGAGCUCACACCAAGAGGAAGAGAGACACGAGGCAUUUCUUCCUCCCAGGGGCUCACAUGGUUGUGGGGAGACAGCCAUCUCUUGUGCCCUGUUGGGAAACAGCAGCGGGGAAUGUCAGGUAUCUGGGUUAACCAUUCUGAAGGAUAGUGUGGUUUCUUCCAACCCAGGGCAGCCCACAGAAAUUCCUGAAGCUACAUCUAGAUCCAUCAAGAAGAGGAGUUUGGAAGGAAUGAGGAAUCAGAAUCGGGUGGCUUUCAGUGACACCAGCAGUGAUGAUGAAGACCGAUUAGUCAUUGAGAUAUGAUUUUCCGAAGAGAGACCGAUGCCCAAGAUGUUUCCCCAGGAAAUGGCAUCAUGCCUGCAGGAGGACCAACCCUGUGUACGUAUUAGGACAGCCAUCUGGGUCCUUUCCAAGCCAAUUCCAACCAACUCUAAACCUCCAACUCGACACCCCCUCCCCAGCUCCCCUGAGCACACCUUGCUCUUGUUGACAUGGUGGCCGCUGGGGCAAAGGUGGCAAGGUCCAAGAAGGCUCAGCAUACGCAAUGGCCAGGUCGUGCCUCCCACGGUGUCCCGUGCCACUCCCCUCAGGACUCACUCCAAUGUACUGGCAUGAGCGAAGAGCACCACGACCCACACGUGGGUGGAAAAGCGGCCCCAGAGUCCAGGCGGCUUUCCUCCGUUAGUGAGCUGAGGGCUUUGUCUGAGGCGGCGAGCACUCUCAGGAUAACUGGGGUAGCUCGAGAAAGAGAUGGGUGUGAGCCGGGCAUCGAGACACUUCUGCUCAUGCUGGUGACAGCGUUCGGGUUCCAUUGAGAACCCCAAGUGUGGAGGGAGUUUUCACCUUCUCAGUGGAAGUCGUAAACAUACUCUGAAUGCAUGCAGGCCAAGAGGUGUCAACUGUUAAACGUCGCACGGUGGCAGUGUUCCUUCCGGGGCCGAUGCCACCAGCACGCGCUCUCCCUGCCUGCCCGUGCCUUUCCUGUUGGGACCUCUGCAAAGGUGUUUCUAGUCUUGCCAAGGGAUGUUGUGCUAAACGUGAACAGAGCAGUCUCUGUACUGAGUCUUUUUUUUUUUUUUUUGAGGGGGGAAAAUUCACUUAUUUUCCUCUGAUUCUUUUUGUCAUAUUGUGCUCUGAGCAAUUCAAUUAGAGGGUGACAUUUUAGGAAUCUGUACAGCUUAAACUGAUGCCUGCUCAUCGUGACGGGAGCCUUUUAGAUUCCUCCAGAAGCUUCAAGGAUACAAACCUAAUUGGAAUUUUGACGCUGUUUUACAUCUCAGUAAUUUUAUUUUGGGGGCUUAGUAUUACUUUGCUGUCAAAUUAACUCAGCUGUUGCAUUGUGCAAGUCAGAACAGCGCAGAUAAAAUUCCCCAGCGUCCUGAGCCAGUGUACCUGUGCCCAGGGACCAGGCAGGUCAGGUCAGCCGGCCCAGCCAGCAAAGCCUCAGUUGGGCUGCCUUCUUCUUCCUCCCCUUAAUGGGCGAGGACAGACUUAAGGGGGUUCACGUUGCUGCAUUUCAAUAGCGUUUUAUACUUGCUUUUGGUAUGAUUUUGUACAAUUUGAAGUUUACAGCUCACUAGUUCAUCGGCCUCACUUUGGCCUAAUGCUGUCUAUAUGACAUCUUGUCCUUCAAAGGCCAGGCAGGGAUGCAGACAUCUCACACACGUGAGUGUACUUUAUGAAGUCCUUUCCUGUGACUCGGUGUGGUCAAACUUCAAGUAUCUGCCCGAGAAUUUUCCAGCGUUGGUCUCGUUCACAGAACAUCACGCAAGACCAGACUGUGCUGUGUGGCACGCCUCUGUGGCCCUUCUCUGUGUGCUCAGAGAUAACCCAGCGGUGGCCGGCCCAGCCGAGAAAGACGUCAGGACCUCGCUUAAUGCCCUUCGUAGACCAGUGAGAUGGUGACUACCAAAACUUUCGAAUUGCCCCUGCCACUGUUAUGAGAGAGGCAGGGUCAGGAAAGUGGCCGGGCCCUGGAAGAAGAGAGGUGGAGGCCCCAGCUUGGAUUUCAGCGGGGGAGUCUUGAAGACGCCCUGUUACCUGUUUCCCAAUCGAGCUGAGUGUGUCUCCAGGUUCCAGCCCUUGCAAAUGGGUGAUGGAGAAGUGCCCUCCCUGCAGCCGUGGGCUUGGCGGCUGGAAGUCACCCCCCAGGCUGCCGCUGCACCUGCGGUCCUGCAAGCAAGAGGCCGCGGGCCACGAGGCGCUGAAGCAGUCUCCUCUAGUCAUGGCUGUGACGUGCGCGAGCUCAGGGAAAUUCCUAGUAUUUUUUUUUUUUUCCUGAGUUCCAGAUUUUUGGGUGUAAUCACCCGGUUUAUAAAUGUUGGCUUAAACUGUAAAACAAAAAGCAGAAAGAGAGCAUUGCUGUUUGAGCGGAAGGAAGCUUAGCUUAGAACUAAACUGGGACGCACUGUUUGUGGGGAGAAAACUGCCUUCCAGAUGGAGCCUUCUUUCCGGGCAGCUGCUGAGGCGGUAGUGGGCCACUGGACCUGAAUUUGCAAGUCAUUCCUCCAAUGGCGCUGACCUGGGACGCAGGCGAGGCUCUGACCCAUCGUCCCCCGGCUCAAAUCCAGCGGAAUGCUGGCCCCUGCUCUUUAACUCCCUGGGUCUCUUACAAAGUGGAGCCAGUCACCAAGUCACCUUGCGGGGGCUAGCCCUUUAGCGGUGGGGAGCGAUGUUUACAAGUACACCUAACUUAAUGUCAACUUGAGUUUGUGAAAAGCUGUAUUUCAAUGGAUUUUUAAAAUUCAGAAUGAUUUUGAAUGACCUGCGGGGAGCUGGCUAUUGAAAAGCAUCCUAAGGUUUUUUGUAAGAAAGAGUCCUUUUGUAAGUCAACAAACAAUCUCUGAUUUAUGCGUCUUAAUUUUUCCAUGGGUUUUCUCAAAGCGAAAUGCAAUCACAGGACUAUCUUUUAAGGGUCUGUAACCCAGUCUGGGUUACUGAAAAUCACCUUUAGUAUCAGCACUUGAUAACUACGGCCAUGUUGCACUUUACAAGUGUGCACUGCGUGUGGUAAGGGACAGCACCUUUAUUACGGAGUGAAGCAAAUGGACUUAAAGAUCAGGGAUUUCCGUCCCCCCCUAGUGCUGAUAUUCUAUUGCACCUUCAGGUAAGGAUCUUCACCAAUCGGUGCCUCAGUUUCUUCCACAGAAAAUAGCUCUGGGGAUGCUGGCAGGGACUGGGGGAAGGACGCCUCGACCCCCUCGCUGUGCUCUCAGGGCAAAGUGCGCACAGUUAUGGCUCGUGCUGCUCAGACCUCACCACCAGGAUCGCUUCUCCAGCCGUCCAGGUGACGUGUGGAGGAAGGAGGCUUCACCCUCCUGUGGCAGUCUACACUGUCAACAGACUCUUCAAGUCACAUGGUUUAUGAUGACAACCUGAAUCCUCCUUGGGCAAGGCGCGAUGAGGAACAGCUCACCCCCUCCCUGCGCCCUGUCAAGUGUUACCCUUGAGGUUCUGGAUGAAGCUUACUCCCGUAGGUCGAUACCUGGCAAGGACCAGGAGAGCCUGGGGCUCAUGUCAAGGAAAAAAAAAAAAAA